GCCAGGACGAAGAAAGGAAGCGGAAGCUACAUGAGAGCUGCUGCAGGUGACAGCAGCAUGGCUGUGUCCCAGACUUUUCUGCCGGGGCCUACCCAUGAACCUGCAGGUGCCCUGAUAGAACCUCUGCCUUGCGCUGGAAGCUUGGCUGAGGGCUUCCUGGAGGAGGAGCUCCGGCUCAAUGCUGAACUUCGCCAGCUGCAGUUUCCAGAGCCUGUGGGUGUCAUCUAUAAUCCAGUGGAUUAUGCUUGGGAGCCACACCAUAACUACGUGACUCGAUACUGCCAAGGUCCCAAAGAAGUGCUCUUCCUGGGCAUGAACCCAGGACCCUUUGGCAUGGCCCAGACUGGGGUACCUUUUGGGGAAGUUAAUGUGGUCCGGGACUGGUUGGGCAUUGGGGGCUCUGUGCUGACCCCUCCCCAAGAGCACCCUAAGCGACCAGUGUUGGGGCUGGAAUGCACACAGUCGGAGGUGAGCGGAGCCCGAUUCUGGGGCCUUUUCCGGUCCCUCUGUGGUCAGCCGCAGGUUUUCUUUCGUCACUGCUUCGUCCACAACCUGUGUCCUCUGCUCCUCUUGGCUCCCAGCGGAAGAAACCUGACCCCAGCUGAGCUGCCAGCCAAGCCACGGGAGCAGCUGCUGGCGAUCUGCGAUGUAUCCCUCUGCCGGCAGGUGCAGCUGCUAGGGGUGCGGCUGGUAGUGGGAGUGGGGCGGCUGGCCGAGCAGCGGGCGCGGAGAGCUCUAGCCGGGCUGACCCCGGAGGUGCAGGUGGAGGGGCUCCUGCAUCCCUCUCCUCGAAACCCACAGGCCAACAAGGGCUGGGAGGCAGCAGCCAGGGAAAGACUCCAAGAGUUGGGGCUGCUGCCUCUGCUAACGGGUGAGUGCCUGGCCAGGUCUAGCACACCUUAGAGACCCAGUCUUGCACAGUAGAUGCCAACACACAGGGUUUACUGGGCUCUGUUGGAGGAACUGUGUUUUCAGCCCUCUGGGCUGUCCUCUCAUGGCCAGGCAGACUCUGAUUCCAGGGCGGGCAGCUUUCCUGCUGUCCUGUCUCCAGGGGCUAGCUUUGCACACCAUGAGCAGAGGGUGGGCCUUUGCACACCUGCCGUCUCAUUUCCUUGGGAGCCUCUGUGUGCACAGGGUCCUAGAUAGGGAUGUCUGAGGUCAUAUUUGACCUUUUGGAGGAAAGAUAAUUUUAAUUUUAAUCUUUCCUGUUUUGUUUGUGGUUUUGUUUUGUUUUUUUUUGGCACUGCCUCAUGUACACUAGGAAAGCUAACACUGACCUACCUCAUCCUUUUUGACACUAAUUGUACAUAUUAGUGGGGUUCAGUGUGAUGUUUCCACAUAUGCAUUAAGUGUGUACUGAUUGAGUCCAGCCUCCCUUUAUCUGUCCUCUCCACACCUCCCCCUCCCUCAAGAUUCUUUGCAAAAUGGGGGUUCUGCCUCCUGGCACUGAUGUGAGGUGUGAGGACUGAGGGAACACUGCAGAGUGCUUUGCAAAGGCUGGUAUGUGGUGCUCACUACAUACACUUCCUGCUUGCAUCACUCUGAGAUGAUGUAUCAGUGCACUAGGAGGGACUUCUCAGUCCCCCUGAAGACUUUUCCUUACUGGGAAAGGACCAAUGUUAUGAGAACUUCAGCCUGUGAUUUUUCAGACUAAGCAUUAAAGACUCCUAAGCCUUCUUGUGUUGGUUCUCUCUUCCCGUCCUGCACUUCAUUGGUGGGAGAACAUUGCUUUUAGGAUAUUUCCUCCCAUCUCUUACCUACUCACUGUUUGAAAAAACUUUUCUCAGGUAGCUUGGGGAGGGGUGUAUGAGACCUUUAAUUACCGUAGCCAAGCUGUGGGGUUUUUGGUAGGGGGCCUGUCCUGUAGUUCAUCAGGUACUUGGGGCACUGUUGGGAUUGAUGAGGAGGCUGGUGUUCCUCCGUCUCUUGAAUUGGGUAAUUAGUGGUUAGGGCUAGAGAGUGAACCACAAUGGGAACAGGUCUUAGAACCACCUUAAUGAGGACCAUGUGGUCUUCCUAUCUCCUGGGACACAAGUCAUCUCUGACAUUCUAAAAAUCAGUAAGAUUUUAAUCAACCAUCCUCAGUUCCUGAGAGGGAAACUAAUCUUUGAGGUUUCCUCAGUGAUAGAAGUGUCAUUAUUAUUCACAUUGGAGCCACAGAGCACAGCAGGAUUUGUUGAGCUUUGACUCAGAUGGAGUCCAACCCACUAGAAAGACCAGCUCUAUGCUUUGAGGGUCGGAACUUUGAAGGGUGAUCUCAGCCUGAGUGCCAGGAUGGGACAAGGCUGGAGAUUGAGUUCAGCUAAGUGGCCCAUGAUCUUAACCAAUUAUACCUACCUACACAGUGACCCUGACCAGAACUCCGAACACUAGUUUCUACCAAGCUUGCUGGUUGGUGAACACAUAUAUGUUUGUUUCUUUUUGGGUAGUUGAUGCUGGUUUGUAUAUUCAUUCAU